GCCCCCGACCCCGUCCACAGCCGUUUUCUUCUAUUCUUCUCGUCUCUUUGCAAUUGCACGCCACGCCAACAACACAACACUAAACUAAACCCGAAAGCCCCAACGCCGAAGCGCAGCCGGCUGAAAACCCUCUCACCCCUUCCCACCUCACCGAUGAUCUGAGGGCAAGCUUCCCAGCCAUGUCUAUUCAGUUCAAGUUCAGGAGUUCGGUCAAUUUUGAGACGUUGGACAUUGAGAAUCGCCCCUCGAUUUCUGUCGGGGAGUUGCGGGCUAGAAUUUUGCGCGGAAAAUUCUCUCAACAACAGCAAGGGUUCGAUCUCGUCUUUUCCGAUGCGCUUUCCGGGAUAGAGUACAAGGGGGAUGAUUCCCUGAUUCCGAGAGGAUCCAGCGUGAUUGUUAAGAGAGUUCCCGGCGGAACUCAGCCAUUGCCCCCAUCGGCUGUACCAUCUAUUCAAGCUGUAAAGGAUGUAGAGAGGAAAGAGUUCGGCAAUCUGUGUACUCCAAGUGGGCCAAAGGACGAAUUGGAUAUCUUGGGUGUUGAUCCCAUGCCAGAAUCAAACUUCCUUGAUUUCAAUUUUGCAUCCGACAAAGAUAAUUUUGAGGGCAAUGAGAAUGAUGGUAUUUGUGGUUCGAGGUUAGGAUGUCAGAAGCUAAAUUCAUGUAAAUCCAAUCAAGAAAUUCUGCAAGGUUCUAAUCAAUGUCAAAAUGUGAGGAAUGUGUUACCGAAAGUUGAUGAACAGAAGGAGUUGAAAAAGCUGUCUCCACCCAAUGCACUGGAUGCCCAAAAUAAUAAUCUUCCAUUAGAGCUGAAAUGUACACUAUGCAACACAUUCUUCAAGGAUGCUGUGAUGAUACCUUGUUGCCAGCAUAGUUUCUGUGAAAAGUGUAUUCGUCAAGUGCUUAUUGACCGGAGGAUAUGUCCAAAGUGCUCUUCAAACAAAUGCACUGUAGAAAAUCUGCUACCCAAUUUGUCACUCCGUCAAGCAAUUGAACAUUUCCUUGAAUCUCAGAUGGUCAAUAACAAUUCGGAAAAUGCCAUGCAAAAAUAUGUACCAGAUGGAGAAUCUGGAAUUCAAGUGCAGGAUGUUUCUUGUGCUAUAACUGUUGUGCAGAGGGAACUAGAGUUGCCUCAGUCAUCUUGUGCAACAGGAAGAGGAUCAAAUCAAGUGUUUAUGGAAGGUUUAUAUGGGCAUCAGCAUGGAAGAAAUGUGCCAUAUGCAAAUUUUGAUAUUCAAGCUGAAAAUCAGAACACUUUUUCUCAAGCUAAUGUUCCCGAUGAAGCUGAUUCUAACACGAGGAGAAGAGGAGGAAUCCGGAAUGAUUCUUCUGGUGGGGAUAGAAACUUCUCAGGUUUUGGUGGAGGAUAUAGAAAGGGGACUCGCAAUUGCUACACAUGUGGUUCUCCUGAUCAUCUCAUGCGGGAUUGCCCUCUUGCCAACCAAAAUACCAUGUUUCGGCCAGACAAUGGAGCGUUUCAUGGAGGCAUGCCUGGGUAUGCACCACCCUACUGGAAUGGCUCUUCAAUGCCUCCCUUCAGACCAUAUGCCAAUAUGUAUAAUAACUCUGGAAUGGUGCCAUUUAAUGCAUCCAUGGUUCCAGUUUCACCUUUUGCUGCCGCUCCUUAUAUUCCAUCAAUGCCUGGUGGCCUGCCUGGUGUUGGUGGAAAUAUGAGGAUGGGAAACAUGGGUCCUCCUCGGGCAUCAGAGCUGUUUGGUCUUGAACCAUGUGAAAAUAUAAGGAAGCCUCCCAAUGAGGAUCUAGGAAGAGAUCAAAGAGAACAACUUUCUGCCAACAAUGAGGGUUCUCCAGAAUGCGGUCACCGUAAUGGCCCAGAAAAAUCUGUUGACCAUAAAUUAUGGAAAGACAGAGAAUCAAGUUUGAGUUAUUCUGGGGAGGUAUUUGGGAGGAAAGGCCAGCAUGACAAACAUAUGCAUUCUGAUGAUCACUAUGUUGAUGGAAGACAUGACAAGGGCUCCCAUUCAUCCUUUGCUGGAAAAGACAAGAGACCAAGUCAUGCAGAGCGGUCAAGUUCGGGCAAAGAUGAUUUGGUUAGAAGCUCUGACCGGCAUAGCGAUGGGAGGCACAAGCAGCAGCACUACCAUGGAGAACAAAAGAAAAGCAAUGAGAAAAGGGGACACUCUGGCAGUGAGUUGAGUCUGGGUCAUUACUCGACCCAAAAAGAGGUCAGAAGAAGAGUUGAGUCAGAUGUCAGAAGCUCUCACCAAAAACAUCACAGCUUUCGGGAGUCGGGUCCAGAGGCUCGGUCACCUACUGAGCGAAGGGGUGGAGGACACAAGGAGAGGGACAGCAGCCAUGAUUCUAGACACUCCAGGCAUGGUUUGAAGCAUGGGAGGGAAGAGCAGCAUGAUGACAAGUGGAGAAUAAGUGGUGGGCAUGAAGAUGAGCGCAGGGAUGAGCAUCGUUAUCAUAGGCGAAGAGCACAUUAAAACAAGCCUGUCGAAGUUGUGUGGUGGUGCGUGCGGGAGAGUAGUAACUGGUAGGGGCAUGCAUGCUUCCAUCAAAUCAAAUGGAGAGAAGAUAUUUUGUAUGGGUUUGUGAAAACUCCUCCUUCUACCUUUAGAAUUGACAAGUCGUUUGUUAUGUUGUUAAUAAUAGAUUUAGGUCAUAGGCUGAUCUAACAACAUAGAGAAAUUCCUGGAGAAAGUUUAGAUGGUUCUACAAUUUUCUUCGUUAGAGAACCAGACAAAAAGAUAGGGUGAUAAUAUGCUAAUACUAUACUCUAUUAUUAUAUGGUUGGAUUUUUGGUUUUGUUUC